AUGGAUCUUUCUGUAAGUGAUGUGGAGUUGUGCUAGAAAAUUGAGGUUGAGAAAGAGAAAGGACACAUAUCUCGUUGUGAGCUCUAUGACACAGAAAUAGUUCGCAAGACAGGUCAAGUUUUCCUUCAUGGAUUAUCAUUGGCUUGUGUUGAUAACACAACUUGGGAUAUGUUUAGGCUCCCUAGUUCAGUAGCUAUUGAUGUUAGGAAAGAAAUGAUUGAUUAUCUAACCUAAAGGAGUGAAAUUUUUGUUGCAAAAUUAGUUGUACUAGAAGGUGGUCCGAAUGUUGCGGUAUUCGACCAUCCCUAUGAUAUCAUUUUUUAUAUGGUUGAUGAUUUUGCGAGUUUGAAAAGGAAUUUGUUUGGUCAGGUUUCAUGAUGGUUACUGAAUGAAAUGAGAGAGGAUAAAAUAGAUGAUUUCAUGCAAGAGAUGGAAACAAAUAGAUUUUGGUUGUUGGAAAAAAGAGAAAUAAUUGCACAGAUUUUGGUAAAAAAUGUUGACUACAAGAACAUUUUUCAUUAUGACAAGAAGUUUAACACUACUCAAGAGUUGGCUGAGCAUAUUGGCAACUGUGGAUUUAAGACCAUGAAUUGCACAAAUAAUGGGUGUACAACUGUGUUCUGCGCAAGCUAAUUAGAGAAGUAUGAUUUAGCUUGUCCUUUUAAAAUAAUCCCAUGUGAGCAGCAAUGCUUAGAAAACAUCAUGAGACGUGAAAUGGACCGAUAUUGCAUAACUAUCUAUCCAAUGAAGAUAGUGAAUUGUCCUUUCUAUGUUGUGGGUUGUCAAUCCACAAUGCCACAAUCUAUUGUUCAGCAACAUCGUUCCGACAAUCUCCAUUCACACUUGCUAAAUACUCUUAAAGGUGGUAUUCAUAACGGAUCAUCAGAGAAGGAUCUAAAGAAACAUGUUGACCAGAUAGUGGAGAUGAGUCUUUGUUGA